CCUGUGAAUCCCUCUAAUUCAACGGCACCGCUGAACGCUGAGGUGAAACUUAAUUUGCGGGCGCAAGAUAAAUAACUGUAGUUCAUCCACGCCGCCAGUCGUCAGUGUUUGCUGUAAGGGCCACAUGCUCAUUGGCUCGGAGGGGUUUUUUCUGAUAACGCGGCUGUAUCAGCAAGAGGGCGACUGCAGAGACAGCUGCCUGCCUGCCUCCCUCCCCGUCGCUGUGGUCGCGGCAGAGACGUCUCUGUCGCCUCGGAAGCUACACCGGCUCUUGAGAUCCCCCCCCCCAGCACAGAAAGCCCGGACUGCGGAGACACGGGUGGAUAAGGGCGUCACAAACAUGCAAGGAGCCCACGAAGAGCACGACCCAAGCCGCUGAGAGGAUGUCCCCCGCAGAGAGCUAUCGCAGCGGCCAGCACGGUUCAAACGGAGCAGCGGGCACACAGGAGGCAUGACAGAGGAGAAAUGCCCGCAGUUGGUAGACUAUUUCGUGGUGGCGGGGCUGACGGGCAGCUCGGCCCCCCUGGACGAGGAGGGGCAGCAGCGGGCGUCCCGCCCCGUGCUGCCCGUGACCGAGCUGGCCGUGAUCGCCCGCGCGCUGGGCGAGGAAGUGCCCGAGGGCUUCACCUGCAUCGAGAAGACCCAGGGCGGGCAUCCGGCCGAGCUCAGCGCCGGCUUCAUCAACAACCCCCACAUGUUCCUCUGCUACAAGAGAGGGCACGACAAGGCGCCCAUCCUGGAACUGGGGGUGCUGUACGAGGGGAAGGAGGCGGCGAAGACGGGGUGGCACGUCAUCGAGACCACGCCCUACAGCCGCUCCGCCAACCUGAGCUCGGGGGGCCCGGGCACCCAUCGCACCUUCCUCACCUACCGCCGGGCGCCUGACUCGCAGGCCCUCCACACGCUGGGCGUCACCGACAUCUCCCUCAUCAUGCCCAGCAAGGGCGAGAGCGCGCCCCACACCUUCUGCAAGGUGGACAAGAACCUCAACGUGUACGGAGCCGCCAUCCAGUUCUACGAGGCGUUCCCGCGGGAGCAGCUGUCCGAGAAGCAGCGCGCGCGCCUGGGCCUGGUCAGCGUGGUGGACCGGCGGCCCAUCACCAACCGCGCGGUUCACGUCAAGAAGAGCAUCUGCGUGCUCUCCCACUGGCCCUUCUUCGACGUCUUCCAGAAGUUUCUCACCUUCAUCUACCGCUACUCCAUCUCUGGCCCCCACAUCCUGCCACUGGAGAAACACAUCUCCAGCUUCAUGCACAACGUGCCCUUCCCCUCUCCACAGCGGCCUCGCAUCCUGGUGCAGCUCUCGCCCUACGACAACCUGUUGCUGUGCCAGCCGGUGUCCUCUCCGCUGCUCCUGAGCGGCGCCAGCUUCCUGAAGCUGCUCCAGAACCUGGGCCCGGAGAACGCGGCCACGCUCCUGCUGGCGGUGCUGACGGAGCACAAGCUGCUGCUGCACUCCCUGCGGCCCGACGUGCUCACCUCCGUGAGCGAGGCGCUGGUGUCCAUGACCUUCCCCCUGCGCUGGCAGUGCCCCUACAUCCCCCUGUGCCCGUUGCGGAUGGCCGACGUGCUGUGCGCCCCCAUGCCCUUCAUCGUGGGCGUCCACUCCAGCUACUUUGAUCUCUACGACCCCCCGGCCGACGUCAUCUGUGUGGACCUGGACACCAACACCAUCUUCCAAUCAGAGGAUAAGAAGCCCCUGUCCUGGAGGUCUCUGCCCCGCAAGCACUGCAAGAUCCUGCUGGCUUCUCUGAGCAGCCUGCAUCAGCAGCUGGAGAAGAUCUGCAGCCCUGGCCAGGAGGAGGCCACGCUGGAGUUCCUGCUGACCGACUAUGACGUGAUCUACAGGCGGCAGAAGCAGCUGGAGCUGGAGAUCCAGGAGGCCUUCCUGCGCUUCAUGAGCUGCCUGCUGCGGGGCUACCGGGCCUUCCUGCUGCCCAUCACCCAGGCCCCCUCCGAGAGGACCACGGACUGCAGCAGCCUCUUCAACCUGCACGGGUUCCUGAAGUCCCGGGACCGGGCCCAGCAGAAGUUCUACAUCCAGCUGACCCGCACUCAGAUGUUCACCCAGUUCAUCGAGGAGUGUUCCUUCGUCAGCGACCGCCACGCCUGCCUGGAGUUCUUCGACGAAUGUGUGCAGAAGGUGGACGUGGAGCGGCCGGAGGAGGUCCGGCUGAUCGACCUGGACGAGAGGCACAGCGGGGAGCACACGGUCUUCAUCAUGCCCCCCGAGGAGCCCCAGGGGCCUGAGGGCACCGAGUGUCCUGCCCCCUACAGCUACGAGACGUUCCCCUCCCUGAAGGCGGAGCUCUUUGACAGGCCGCAGGAUCUGCUGAGAGUCCAGGCUAAGGAGAGUGCCCCCAGCAGCCCCGCCCCUCGGCGCACUAAGCAGGAGAUCAAGCUGGCACAGAAGCGGGCACAGAAGUACGCCUCUGUGCCCGAGAUGUGGUCUAAGUGCCUGCUGGGCCACUGCUACGGCCUGUGGUUCAUCUACCUGCCCACCUUCGUCCGGGCGGAGAGCGCCAAGGUGCGGGCGCUGCAGACGGCCUACGAGGUGCUGAAGCACAUGGAGACCAGGAAGGUGGUGCUGCCCGACGAGGUGUGCUACCGGAUCCUGAUGCAGCUGUGUGGGCAGUACGGCCAGCCCGUCCUGGCAGUGCGAGUGCUGCUGGAGAUGAAGAAAGCGGGCAUCACGCCCAACACCAUCACUUACGGCUACUACAACAAGGCGGUGCUAGAGAGCAAGUGGCCCUCCACCAGCCACGGCGCCCGGCUGCGCUGGGCCAAGCUGCGCAACGUGGUGCUCGGCGUGGCGCAGUUCCGGCAGCCCAUCAAACUGCGCCAGCAGGGGGAGUCGCCCUUGUGUUCCCGGGCAGAUAACCUGGUCGAGCGUCCCCCGAGGCCCCGCCCCCACUCCAGCCUGGUUCGACAGUCCAGCUGGAGCGGCCUGAGUGAAGGCUCCAGCCACGAAUCGCUGAGCGGCCCUCUGGUGAAGAGCAACAGCCUGAGCAGCAUGCGAGGCCCGGCAGACAAGUCCAGGGCGCUCCGGAAGACUGCCCGGCACACCGUGGGCGCCGACGGCCUGGCAGCGGCUGGCAAGCCCCCCGCCCCGGGCCGGCAGCCCCGAGACCCCACGCCCCCGGCCACGCCCCGCGCCCGCUACACCGUGGAGCGCAGCCAGGUCUGCCUGUCCACCUUCUACGCGGAGUGCGCCGAGCCCGGCCAGGCCUGCAGCUGCCAGCCAGGAGAGAGGCCAGACAGCCGGCCGGCCGGGCAGCGGGCCAGCCCGGGCAGGAAGGCGGUGGACGAGAACUGCAACAACGUGCGCAGCACGCCCUCGCCCGGCCGCGGCCUGGCGGGCAAGCUGCAGCAGCUGCUGACCCCCACCAGGCACCGGGCGUCCAUGCGGCGCACCGCCAGCGUGGACGAGCGCCCGGCGGCGGGCGGGGGCCUCCCCGGGCGCCGGGUCUCCGAGCAGCGGCAGUCGCGGAAGUCCCAGGUGGCGGAGAGCCUGCUGAAGGCCAAGGACCGGCUCCACCCCGCCGCCUCGGAGAGCUCCCUGUCCGUCGGCAGCGACGCUGACCUCUCGGACGCCGCCUCCGUGACCCUUCACCUCCGGACCUCGUGGGACGCCGCCCAGGAGGCCAGCGGGCUGGAGGUGCUGAUGUCCAGCUGCAGCCUGUGCCGGAAGUGCAACUCCCUGGUGUACGACGAGGAGAUCAUGGCCGGCUGGACCUCCGACGACUCCAACCUCAACUCCACCUGCCCCUACUGCACCUGCACCUUCGUGCCCCUGCUCAACGUGGAGAUCAGCGAGCCGGGCCCGCCCACCAGUUCGGAGCGAGACUCUGUCAGCGCGGAGGAAGGGUUUCCGCCCACAGAUGGCGGCACGGCGCCCCCUGGUGCCCUGACCGCGUCGGUGCGCCACCUCUACAACGGGCUGGACAGCGAGGACUCGGGUUCUGAGACCAGCGGGCAGUCCGAGACUAGUUCUGCGGCACCGGCCCCCGCAGCGGGCGGGCCCCCCCUGGUGACGGUGGCGUACCUCAGCCCCCUGGUCCUGCGGAAGGAGCUGGAGAGCCUGCUGGAGAACGAGGGCGAGGCCGUGCUGUCCCAGGGCCAGCUGGUCGACAGCCACUCCAUCAUCUUCUGGAACCUGGUGUGGUACUUCAGGCGCCUGGGCCUGCCCAGCAACCUGCUGCAGCUCAUCCACUCCUCCCAGCUCGCCGCUCACCUGUCGCAGGCAUCGGAAGGCUCCGCUUGGAGGGUGCGCUUGCUCUGGGACACCAUCACCCCCGACACUGACCACUGGCCCCCCCUUUACGUCCUCUGGAGGAUACACAGCGGUGUGCCCAUGCGACACCACAGCUGGCGCCGACACAACCACCCCUUCACGCUGGGCUUCCUGGAGGAGGUGCUGCGCUGGGUGGGCAUGAACGAGGUGCACAAGGCCGUGUCGCUCUUCCUGGAGACCGUGGGCAAGCAGCCGGGGACUCCCCUGAUCCAGAGGGGUCUGUAUCGGGAGUUCCUCUUCCUCACCCUGGCUGCUAUGGGCAAGGAUCAUGUGGCUGCUUUCGACAAGAAGUACAAGGCAGCCUACAGCCGGUUGAGCGGCUCGCUGGGCAGGGAGGAGCUGCGCAGGAAGAGGGCGCAGCCGCCCAGCCCCAAGGCCGUCGACUGCCGCAAGUCCUUCCUCAUCCCCCUGGAGUGCUGAUCCCUGCCAGGCCACCAGGGGGAGCCACAAAGGCACCGGGCAAGAAGGAGGCAGAAUGUACUAUCCUGGGCAGUCUUUACCCUGCUCCCUUACUUCUUAGACGCCAAAGCCCUGUUUCUUCCAAACUGUUUCAAGGGGGUGUUUUUCGAUCUGUGGUGCACUUCCUUGCGAAGACCCAGUCUUUACACCCUACACACUAGACCCUGACCUGUCCGCUGUCCCCUAACCUCUAACAAUCUAAACCUCUGUUCUGAUGACAGGCCAUCCUGCAGCAGUAGUCUCCGUGCCUGAUCAUGAUGUGAUUAUAGGAGUCUUCAAUUAGCAACUAAUGACGCCCUUCACCAUGACUAAUUAAGACUAAUUAGAUCCAUGAAAGCAGCUUCAUUGGCAUGAAAGACCAAGAAUGAAAAAAAACAAUACCUACCUAGUCCCUCCAUCCUGUCCCUCUCCGCUGUACAGCCCAAAUUCCCUACGGAUUGCUUUCUCCGACUCCGAUCCCAGUUGCCUGCUCAGCCCCUGCCCUCAGUCACGGCUUCCAGGAGAUCGCCGCAGGUGGGCCAGCGGACGCCCUUGUCCAGAGACUCGGACCAGGAGCCGCUGCCCGGUUUCCCCUCGCUCCGGCGAGGAGUAAGGUACCAGCUGAGGCGGCACAGCCUGCCGGGAGGCGGAUGCCCUCUGAGAGGGAGGGAGGCCGUGUGCGUGUGGCGGUGGUUUGUGGGAAGGGGACUUGAUCCCUGAAAGACGGUCAAACUGGACAGCUGUCCCUCCCUCCCCUGCCGCUCCUCCCAUGUCCCCCGGCAGUCCCCGGAGAGAGACAGAAUGACUUUGAGUUAGUUUUAUUUUUCGUUCCUUGUGAUGGAUGAGGCUUACUUCACUGUUCUGGUUUUGUGGGGAGGGUGUUUGUAAACCAGAUGGCAGCUCUGUACUAUUCUGGAGGAUUUCCAGGUGACUGACUAUCCCGCGCGUCUUGCUGGUUGUUUGGAAUCUGACUUGGGCCACAGGCAGUGCCCUGGUGCACACCUCUUUUUUUUUUUUUUGCUACUCCCGUAAGGUAGAGAUGAGCCAUUUAUCUCGAUUUUCCCAUUGAUUCUGUGAGCGCUGGAUUUGUUAAAACGUUGUUAAGCCAAGCGGCUCAUCCAGUUGAGGCAGCAGCUCGGAGAGCAGGUUGAAGCCUGCGAUUGAAAGGUCACGGCUUUGAGUCUGGAUAGAGCUGCCAGCAGAACGUGACCAGGAUUGCCCUGGCUGUGGCGCACAGUCGGCGAAAACACCAGCAGGGCCAGGGUUGAAGGUAGCUGGCUUGAGCCCCCCUGGCUUUCUGGCCGAGGAUCACUCAGACUUCCAAUGUGCACUAACUCCUUGCAGCUCCAGGAAUCGCAGCUUGCUGGAGAACUGAGUCUUAAAACAGCUGCCAAUUGCGGUGUUGCAGAAACUCAUGUAAGAUCUCCUGCCCUUCACCUGUUUGCCAGUCCCUGCAGGCCUGAAAAGUAGGCAGAGGGGGGAGAAAGGCGGGAAAUUAUUUUGCGAGCAAAUUCUUUAAUUGGAUUUCUUCUGGUUUCCACCAACACCUCAGAUCCCAUUACGAGUUUGUGUGGACAACAUGAAUAGACAGACUUGGCUUUCUGACUAUGAGGGGCAUCGUUAUGUGCCUGUACUGCAUCUAAUGACUGUUAAAUAUUAAAGCCAGUACAGAGAACUCCAUAGUCAGAUUAACCCCUUUCACUCCUGAAAGACAGAGAACGUGAACUAAUGGCAUUAAUGGUGAAGGAAAUUCCUCCUGACCUUGUAGAAUCCUCACCUUCCUUUAACCGCAAGAGUUCACAUUUGUAUUCUGUUGCAUUUUUAAAUGAAUGCUUUGUGUGCUGUAAAGAGUCAGCCACAAUGCUGUGAGUAUUACAGGCUCUUUACUCUCCAUCAUUAAAGACAAUGGUGCACAACUGCUUUUGCAGCUGAGACAGAGGUGACCCAUUGAUUCUGUUGAUUCUGUGUGCAUUAGACAUGUUAAAACUGGACACUGAACUGACCCUUCCAACAGCAAACAAAGGAUGUUCUCCUUCCUCUAGCUGUCACGUCUGCCUAUUCAUCUCUCCUCCUAAUAAACUCCUAAUAGGUUCUGAGCCCCGAGGAAGGGGGUGGCACUGAUCUACGCCUUCCAACACGUUCAGGACUAUGCAGUAGUCUACCAGUCUGCUCCAUUACUCCAUUUACUGUGCGACGAAGAGCUGCGUUAUGUCUUUGCUCAGGGCGAGGACCAAUACAGCAGUUAAACAGCCAGUUGCAUGUUCCUGGCUCACUGGGUGGUGGAGAAAGUGAAGAGAGGGGUUGUACCAAUACAAAUGCAAAGGGAUCAAGAGGAAGUGGGGAUGGUAUUUUGCUCCCUGCUGAUCAUCUCGAGAGCUGGGUGAGCCUUGCACGAUUGACAGGUCUUGUGUAGCCCAGAUUUAACAUGUAGCCCUUCCAGUCCCCUCCUGUGCAAGGCCUCUGUACUGCCCACACCUGUAUUGUUCCAUUAAUCCUCCCGAAAAGCAGUUAAGACGCGAGGAACUGAUCGAUGGACAGGUCUCUAAUGGAAGGAGCCACAGGUCACGUCCUGCUGCCUUAACUUGCCUGACACCCUACGAAAGACGUGCAUUUUGACCACAUCAUUUUGAAAAUCAGUCUUUAAGAUUGCCAUGAAACCAAUAAGUGCAGGCAGGCAUAGAUCAGACAUCUGCGCUCCCUGUAUCCCCAGUUAGCCAGCAACAGCAGUUGGAAUGGGGUUGGGACCUGGACUGUGGUGGUGUUGGGGAGGGUGCUCACCUCACCUCACCUUGCCUUGCCUGAUCAUAGGAUUUGGGGUGAGCAGGAGACAGUGCUUUCUGAAACAGAGGGGUGUCUCCCUUCCCCCUUCAUAGAUCAGGGUGAUCAUCCAGGGCCGAGGCACCGGCUUUAAAGAACAAACGGGCUUUUCCAAACUGCAGUAGGAAUCUGGCAAAACAGGGAUUCUGAUUGGAUCACAGCGUCUGAUAUUUUUUGCAUCUGAUUUGCUGAUUUGAGCUAGAUCAAUGCCAGCAUCCAUUUGCUCCCCACAGGCUCAUAAGGAUUCUGGUCCCCCUGGGGCUCAGAGUGCCUUGUGUGAAUCGAUUUCUGAAGCCGUUGAAGAGAUCAGAUUCUUUAAAGCAGGCAGGGCUUCAGUCCCAAGCAAUCAGUCCAGCUAAAUAUCUUCCUUUUUCGCCACUUUAUUGCGGUCUGAUGACCUGAAUCUGGCAAAAGCCAGCUCUGAGGUCACGAGGACCUGCUUGGAACUCAUUUUUAGAGUCUCAUGUUUCACUUCGUUCUGAAAAGGGACUGUAAAAGCAAAAUACAGCCCUCGCCCAGCAGGGGGCGAUCUUACCGCCCCGCCCCAGUGAGGUAGAUGUAACAAUGGUCACUCAGUUUGCCAAUACUAAUUUGCUCGUGCAUUUUUAAAGGAAACAACGAUACUUCCGCGCUUUCUUAGCUCUAUUGUUUUAAAUGUGAAACCACUUCGGACCCUGCUUUUAAUGUGUAUCGACUUUUUUUUUUUUAGUUUUCGUUUUUUGGGGGGUCAGAAGAUUUCAAAGCUAGCUUGAGAAACAUAAGAAGGGGAAAUUCUAUACAUUUUAUUGUUUUUAUUUUUGUAUGGGAAAAAAGAGGAAAGCUUAUUUAAAUAUUUUACUUUUCACGUUGUUUCGCUGUUGUAAUUUAUAUGCCUUGUGGUUUCUGUUAUAAAUGUCUUGGUUUUUUAAAAAAG